GCAAAAUUCAAAAAAAAGAGAGAGCUUUGGCUCUUUUUUCUUUUCAUUAUUGCUUUUUUGGGUUUUGUUCCACCAAAUCCCAAAGGAAGCAAGUUUUGGUAAUCUGAGGGAGCGAUUCAAAUUGAAGUGGAGCUGAGCUGAGUGGUGUGGUUUGACUGUGUGAUGGAGAAUUCGUUAACGUGCUCUUCGACCCCUCGUUGGAAUUCCGAGAGGCCUUUCCUCACCGGCCGAUUUCACCAGGAAAACAAAACGACUUCGCGCUUUGCUGAAACCAAGGGUUAUUCCAUUGAUUCUUUUAGUUUGGGGUCAGAAAAGGCUAUAGGCUGUUACAAUGCUGCAGUUCAGGAACUUAUCGUUAUCGAUGAUUUGCUUUCUGCAUUGGUCGGGAUUGAAGGACGGUACAUUUCCAUCAAACGUGUUCGCGGAAAGGAGGAUAGUUUUGCCUUUCAGGUUGACACAUCCAUGGAUUUAGCACUUCAGGAAUUGGCGAAGCGCAUAUUUCCUUUGUGUGAGAGCUUUAUGUUGAUCAAUCAUUUUGUUGAAUCAAGAUCUCAAUUCAAGAAUGGAUUGGUUAAUCAUGCAUUUGCCGCUGCACUAAGAGCACUCCUUCUAGAUUACCAGGCCAUGGUCGCACAGCUUGAGCAUCAGUUUCGGCUUGGAAGGCUUUCCCUACAAGGCUUGUGGUUUUUCUGCCAGCCAAUGAUGGGGUCCAUGCAAGCAUUAUACACUGUGAUACAGAAGGCUUCAGCUAACAAUUUUGCAGGCUCUGCAGUUCUGAACCUCUUGCAGAGCCAGGCUAGGGCCAUGGCUGGUGAUAGUGCUGUUAGGUCUUUGCUAGAGAAGAUGGUGCAAUGUGCUAGCAAUGCGUACCUUGGCAUAUUAGAGAGGUGGGUCUAUGAAGGGGUGAUUGAUGAUCCUUAUGGAGAAUUUUUCAUUGCUGAGAAUAAAUCACUUCAAAAGUUAACUCUGCAGGAAAGCCUCACUCAAGAUUAUGAUGCUAAGUAUUGGAGACAACGAUAUAGUCUGAAGGAUGGAAUUCCUAGCUUCCUUGCAAAUAUAUCUGGGACAAUUUUGACCACAGGAAAAUAUCUAAAUGUCAUGAGAGAAUGUGGGCACCAUGUUCAGGUUCCUGCAUCAGAAAAUACAAAAUUAAUGAGUUUUGGCACGAACCAUCAUUAUCUUGAGUGCAUAAAAGCUGCUUAUGACUUUGCCAGUAAUGAACUUUUAAAUCUCAUCAAGGAAAAGUAUGAUCUGAUGGGAAAGCUACGAUCCAUAAAGCACUAUCUUCUACUUGAUCAGGGUGAUUUCUUGGUUCAUUUUAUGGAUAUAGCUCGGGAUGAACUUACAAAAAAGCUUGAUGAGAUUUCUGUGGAGAAGCUACAGUCUCUGCUAGACCUUGCUUUGCGUACCACAGCAGCUGUAGCAGAUCCUUGUCAUGAGGACUUGACAUGUUGUGUGGAAACAUCUUCAUUGCUUAAAAGACUAGGGACAUUCAAAGAUCUAGGAAAUAGCAGGACUGUUCCUCAUGGUAAUGAUAUAGAAGAACCAGUGAGUGUAACUGGCCUUGAGACAUUUUCUUUGAGCUACAAGGUGCGGUGGCCAUUGUCUAUAGUCAUAUCUCGAAAAGCCUUAACCAAGUACCAGUUGAUUUUUCGCUUUCUUUUCCGUUGUAAACAUGUAGAUCGCCAGCUUUGUGGGGCAUGGCAAAUACACCAAGGUGUUCGUAGCCUUAAAAUGCGUGGUACGGCCAUCCCUAGAUCAUCACUGCUCUGUCGUAGCAUGCUUAAAUUUAUUAACAGCCUUUUACACUAUCUAACAUUUGAGGUUCUUGAACCAAAUUGGCAUGUGAUGCAUAACAGACUUCAGACUGCAAAGAGCAUAGAUGAGGUUAUUCAACAUCAUGACUUUUUUCUUGACAAGUGCCUCAGGGAGUGUUUGCUUCUCUUGCCUGAAUUACUCAAGAAGGUGGAGAAGCUAAAAUCACUAUGCCUACAGUAUGCUGCGGCAACCCAGUGGCUGAUAUCAUCUUCUAUUGAUAUUCCCAACGUAGAGGAGUCAUCUGAUGGUUCACUUGUAUCAGAAAAAACCAAGCAAUAUAAAUCACGGAGCACAUCGCAGGUGCUAAAAUUAAGCUCCAGCAACACAAAUGUCACCGAAUCUAUUCUUAACUUUGAGAGAGAAUUCAACGCAGAGCUUCAGAGUCUUGGACCAAUACUAAGCAAUGGUUCUCAAACGGAACCACAUUUGGCUCAUCUUGCACAGUGGAUCUUAGGAGUUGGGAAUGACCAAUGAAUUCUAGAUAUCUUCCUCCUGAAUUUGUUCCAGAUGGAAAAAGAUGUAAAUAGUUUGUUCCUGAUGUUAUUGUAUUGAUCUUGUGAGUGAUGUGUGUCUAGUGUCACAAUCCUAAAAUCUUUGUGAGAGGAUUGUUUUUUACUUUGUACCAAUAGGUAUAGUUAAAAGGAUUUGGUUUUGUAUUACACGUAAGUGUUUGAUUGUUCAUUUUUGGACUCAGAUUCAGAAAUCUGGUCUAAUGAUUUAUAUUAUGUUUUGGGAAUCUU